AUUUUAAACCCCCCCCCGUCUUUGCUCUCCAGGCCCCAAAAAGAAAGCGAAGAAAGGUGAAAGGAAAAAGAAAUUAUUAACGAAAGCAGAAACAGAUCGGAGAAGAACUGAGGGGAAGCUUACGAUGAUGAGGCUUUUCAGAGGGAGAGACAACUCCUCCUCCGAUGACUCUCCCCAACCCUUCUCUCCCUCUCCCUCCCUAGCUCCGCCGGUGACCUGCCCUGCGAGGCCGAUCCGACUCGUCUACUGCGACGAGAAGGGGAAGUUUCGAAUGGAUCCCGAGGCCGUCGCCGCGCUUCAGCUCGUGAAGGGGCCAGUUGGCGUUGUCUCCGUCUGCGGCCGUGCUCGCCAGGGCAAGAGUUUUAUUCUUAACCAGCUUCUUGGGAGGAGUAGUGGAUUUCAAGUAGCAUCGACUCAUCGUCCAUGCACAAAGGGACUUUGGUUGUGGAGUACACCCUUGAAGAGAGUUGCUCUAGAUGGAACCGAGUUUAAUCUCUUACUAUUAGAUAGUGAAGGAAUAGAUGCUUAUGAUCAGACGGGAACAUACAGCACCCAAAUAUUCUCCUUGGCUGUCCUCUUAUCUAGCAUGUUUAUCUACAACCAGAUGGGCGGUAUAGAUGAGGCUGCACUUGAUCGUCUCUCUCUUGUCACCCAAAUGACAAAACAUAUUCGUGUUAGAGCAUCUGGAGGAAGGACUUCGGCUUCUGAACUUGGGCAAUUCUCCCCAAUCUUUGUUUGGCUUCUAAGGGAUUUCUAUUUGGAUUUAGUAGAGGAAAAUAGAAGAAUAACACCUCGCGAUUACCUGGAGCUUGCUUUAAGGCCUGUUCAAGGUGGUGGAAAAGAUAUAGCUUCAAAAAAUGAGAUUCGGGACUCUAUUAGAGCUCUUUUUCCUGAUAGAGAAUGCUUCACACUUGUCCGACCUUUGAACAACGAAAGUGAUCUUCAGAGACUUGAUCAAAUAUCGUUGGACAAACUAAGGCCUGAAUUUAGAUCUGGACUGGAUGCAUUGACAAAGUUUGUUUUUGAGAGAACAAGGCCAAAACAAGUUGGGGCAACAGUAAUGACAGGUCCUAUACUGGUUGGAAUUACGGAAUCUUAUCUAGAGGCUCUCAAUAAUGGUGCAGUCCCUACAAUAUCCUCCUCAUGGCAGAGUGUUGAAGAAGCUGAGUGUAGAAGAGCCUUUGAUUCUGCUACUGAGGUUUAUAAGUCGUCUUUUGACCGUUCAAAGCCAGCUGAGGAAGCUGCAUUAAGGGAAUCGCAUGAAGAAGCUGUUCAAAAAUCUCUGGCUAUGUUUAAUGCUGGUGCUGUAGGAGCUGGUUCCACUAGGAAGAAAUAUGAGGAGUUUCUCCAGAAGUUUUUCAGAAAAGAAUUUGAGGAUUAUAAGAGGAAUGCAUAUAUGGAGGCUGACUUGCAAUGUUCAAAUGCUAUACAAAGCAUGGAAAAAAGGCUGAGAGCAGCUUGCCACGCUUCUGAUGCAAAUAUAGAUAAUGUUGUGAAGGUUCUUGAUGCUCUUCUAUCUGAGUAUGAAGCAUCAUCUCAUGGCCCAGGAAAAUGGCAGAAACUGGCUGUGUUUUUGCAACAGAGUUUGGAAGGUCAAGUGCUCGACCUUUCCAAGAAGUUAAUAGAUCAGGUCAGAUCAGAGAAGAGUUCACUUGUGCUUAAAUGCCGCUCCAUUGAAGAUAGGAUGGGGUUGCUUAACAAGCAGCUGGAAGCUAGCGAGAAGUAUAAAUCUGAAUAUCUGAGGCGUUAUGAAGAUGCUAUCAUUGACAAGAAGAAGCUUGCUGAUGAAUAUAUGAGUCGCAUAACUAAUUUGCAGGGAAAUUGCAGUUCAUUGGAGGAAAGAAGUUCAAGCUUAAUGAAAGCUUUGGAUUCUGCCAAACAAGAAUCCUUGGACUGGAGAAGAAAAUAUGACCAGAUCAUAUCGAAACAGAAAGCUGGAGAAGAUCAAGCCAGUUCAGAAAUUGCAGUUCUCAAGUCCCGAAGUAGUGCUGCUGAAGCUAGGCUUGCAGCUGCUCGGGAACAAGCUCAAUCUGCUCAAGAGGAGGCAGAGGAGUGGAAAAGGAAGUAUGAUAUUGCUGUGAGAGAAGCAAAAGCUGCUCUCGAGAAGGCAGCAGUUGUGCAAGAACGCACAAAUAAACAAACACAACAGAGGGAAGAUGAUAUAAGAGAAGAAUUUUCUAGCAGUUUGGCUGAAAAGGACGAGGAAGUAAAGGACAAGGCAGCAAAGCUUGAGUAUGCUGAGCAGUGUUUGACAACUCUAAAAUUAGAGUUGAAGGUUGCAGAGUCGAAAGUGGAGAGUUAUGAUGCAGAAUUAUCAUCGCUCAGGUUUGAACUGAAAGAGUUGAACGAGAAGUUAGAUGGUGUAAAUGAUGAGGCCAAAUCAUUUGAGAGAGAGGCAAGGAUACUAGAACAGGAGAAGAUACAUUUGGAGCAGAAAUACAUAUCUGAGUUCAAACGGUUUGAUGAGGUGCAGGAAAGGUGCAAAAUUGCCGAAAGAGAAGCUAAGAGAGCAAUUGAAGUAGCUGAUAAAGCUAGGGCUGAAGCAGGUACUGCCCAAAAAGAUAAGAAUGAGAUGCAGAGAUUGGCAAUGGAGAGAUUGGCCCAAAUUGAGAGGGCUGAGAGGCAAAUUGAAAAUUUGGAUAGACAGAAGAAUGACUUGGCACAUGAAAUAGAGAGAACACGCAUAUCAGAGAUGGAUGCCCUUUCGAAAGUCGCACUAUUAGAGGCAAGAGUUGAAGCAAGGGAGAAAGAAAUAGAGUCACUACUUACAUCAAAUAAUGAGCAAAGGUCCACUACAGUGCAAGCCCUUCAGAGUCUUCUGGACUCGGAACGGGCAGCACAUGUAGAGGCUAGCAACAGGGCAGAAGCCCUCUCUCUUCAGUUACAAGCCGCACAGGCAAAAAUUGAUAUGCUCCAGCAAGAGUUUACCAAGGUUCGUCUAAAUGAAACAGCAUUGGAUAGCAGGCUCAAGACUGUUUCCCACGGAAAACGUCCCAGGGUAGAGGAUUUUGAAAUGGGUGUGGAGUCUGUUCAAGACAUGGAAACAAGUGACAAAAUCUUGAGAGAAAAUAAGAAGUCCAGGAGCACAACUAGCCCACUGAAGUAUGUGCACCCAGAAGACGGUGGUUCAGUCUUCAGGGGCAAUGAGGAUAACGAUAGCCAGCAAACCAAUCAGGAGGAUUAUAUGAAGUUCACCAUUCAGAAACUUAAGCAGGAACUAACAAAGCAUAACUUUGGUGCUGAACUGCUGCAAUUGAGGAAUCCCAACAAGAAAGACAUUCUUGCUCUGUACGAGAAAUGUGUUCUCCAGAAGUCAUGACAAACCAUUCAAAAGACUAGUAAAGGAAGGUUGUAAUCUACAGAAGUUCACUUGAUAAAUUAGCAUAGUCCCAGAGCAAUAAGUUGUCGAGGGGUUGGUUUCCUAAAAUCCUAUCAACGUGUUUAUAUAGGCAUAAUUAGGAAGAUGGUAUUUUUAAGGUCAGGGCAUGUUAGCUUAUCCUCAUUGGCCUAUGGAUUGAAGCUUUCAAAUGUGGCUUCACUGGUAGUGGUGCAUCCUGUGCAAUUCGCCAUUUAGCACCAUCAGGCACUAGCGUGUGCAGAAUAGGUUAGAUUUGCAAGUUUUGUUUUUCUUUUGUUUUCCCAGCCAAUUUAUUCUCGUUUAAGGGCUUUUUUUUUUCUUUUUUUUCCUGGUUAUUUUUGGGGCGGGGUGGUUGCUUUCUCAUUUACUUGUGUGGGCAUGUACUUUUGAUGGCUUGGCCAUUGAACUCAUUUGACAGUCUGAUCUGUGUGGCUGAAGUGCCGAAUAGACGAUAUGCGUAGGCCUAGUAGUGUUGGGCCAGCAUCGUUUAAUUAAAUUCCCAUCUGGAGGGAAAACGAACAGUAUGCAACACCCUUGUUUAUUUUUGUUUUUAUUUUCAUUUUUAAUUGCUUC